GUUUUUUCUAGCCCAUAGGCCACACCGUGUCAAAUUUUUAAGUAUUUUUAUGGGCCUAUAAAACAUUUAAACUAAUCUCGUCGCCGAGCUGAAUCGAUCUCGUCGGUAGCUCAUCACCGUCGUCGUCCGCCAUGGCAUCGAGAGUCAAAUCGCUUUUCCAGAACCUAAAGCGCUACGCUAAGGCACCAUGGAAUUUCACAGGGCCUCAGUCGGGCCCAGAGUUUAAGCAUUCCAUCCUGAAGGCGACGGAUUACCGUGUUUUCUGUCCCGCCACCGCCCCAGCUAAGGCCAUCAUACCAUCCUCUAAUCCCGAAACCGUGUACGACAUCAAAUACUUCUCUCGCGACCAGCGCCGCAAUCGCCCUCCUAUCAAACGGACCAUCCUCAAGAAGGACGAUAUCGUGAAGAUGAUGACGGAACAAACAUUCGAUGUCAAGGAUUUCCCUAAACCGUACUUAACUGCUAUGGUUGAGGAGGAUUACAACGCCAUCGGGGGAGGCUAUCAAAAAUGAGGCUGUCAGGCUUGUGAUGGUAAAAACUCUUCUUGCUGAUAAUAAAGUGUGUAGUUGGCAUUCAGCCUUGAUCAGUGAUGCAGUUUAUUUUGCUUUGGCGGCUUGCUGCCUGUUGUUUCUAUUCGAAUGUGGUUUCCCAUGAUGUAUCAUUGUCUCCUUGGCACGUAGGUGUUCAAACCAUUUGUAGUUGGAAUUCAUGGGGUUAUAUUCAGAUGUUAAACGACCCCCCAUAAGAUUGAUCAUGUCAAUCACGGGUUUCUGAAAUCAAUAAUUGAAUUGUGGGACGGUCUGGUUCCGGUUCUGAGUUUCCUAGUGAUUCCGGUCUAGAUCAGCAAUGAUUCAAACAUUUUAUUGUAGUGAUAAGGUAUAUGAGUAAAUUUCAGAUAAAAUAUUAUAAAUGCACUAAUUACUUAAUAUGGG